UACCGGCCUGCCGACGUGGCGGGGCGGAAGAGGAGCCGCUGGCUGGCACCGAACGGAUCACCAUGUCCCAGGCUGAUGUAGACCCCUCUGCUGACCUCACCCCUCCACCCACCCAGCCCCCUCACACUGACCCUGGCUGCUGUCAGGAUGUCCCAGCAGCCUUUUCACCGCCCUUAGCCCCUCUGCAGCCUCCUUUGGCCCCUGACAGCUUCGACCUCCCACAAUCCACCGCCGAGGCAACGACCACAGAGGACACCGCUGCCAUGACUAACGUUUCAGAGGGUCCGGCUGACCAACCAGAGCCUGCGGCUGAGGGUCAGGUGGUCAUAUGUGACCAACCAGUGAGCCUGGAGCCAGACCCAGAGGCUGCAGAGGAGGACGUGGAGGGGUCACUUCAAGAGAAAGAAAAAGGUUGGGGAGGUUGGAGUUCAUGGGGAAAAUCUAUCCUGAGCAGUGCCACCUCCACAGUGGGUCAUAGCCUGACCUCAGUUAAAGCGAAGGCAGGAGAAGCUCUGCGUCUCCACAGGACCUCAGUAGGAGAGGAGGCGCAAGAAGAGGAGGAAGGGGGAGCUGAGGAGGAGAAGAAAGAGGGAGGAGGUGAAAGUGGAGAGACUGACCUGUCCAGCUCUGGGGAGUCUCCUGUUAAUGCUGCAGCUCCCGGCAGGGGCGUCUUCUCUACGAUCACACACGCCGUGCAGAACACAGGUAAGUCUGUGAUCACUGGAGGUUUGGAUGCCUUGGAGUUCAUUGGAAAGAAGACCAUGACCGUUCUUGCUGAGAGUGACCCAGGUUUCAAAAAGACCAAGACCCUGAUGCAGAAGACUGCAUCACUGAGUCAGAUGUUAAAGGAAGCCAAAGAGAAAGAGCGGGCACGUCUCAGCACCCAGCCAAUCAGUGCACCCACAGCUCACUACACUAUUCUGUUUGACGACUACCAGGGCUUGUCCCACCUCGAGGCCCUGGAGAUCCUGUCCAAUGAGAGCGAGGCCAAGGUCCAAGCCUUCCUCUCCUCCCUGGAGGAAGAGGAGCAGGAGGAGGUGAAGAAGGAGCUGAUUUUCAUUAAGAACAUCUUCAUCAAGCAAGAGGAAGAAGAGGAAGGAGAGAAAGAGGAAAAAGAAGAAGAGGGAGAACAGACGAAGGAUAACGGUGAUCUAAGUUCCCAAUUACAGUGUUCUACCCCCCUAUCGACUGAUGGCGAGGAGUUUGUGAGUGUUCUCACUGAGUUGCUGUUUGAGCUUCACGUUGCUGCAACACCUGACAAACUCAACAAGGCUCGGAUGAGGGCCCAUGAUUGGGUGAGCGAGGUGGAACAGCCUGUCACUACGGAGACGGUUGGCAAGGAAACGCAGGACCAGCCGGCAGGAGAGACCUCACCUGGAGAGAACGAUAAGGAGGAGAAAAAGAAAGACGGAGAAGAGCAGGGGGAGGAGAAGGGCGAGGUGGAGGGAGAGAAGGGCGGAGAGGAGGAAAAGAAGGAGAAAGAGAACGACCCCAGAUCUGUAGAGGCUGUCUACCUGUCAUCAGUCGGCAGUCUGGCAGAAGUGACGGCUCGCAGUAUUGAGCAGCUCCACAAGGUGGCAGAACUCAUCCUCCAUGGCCAGGACUUGGAGAAACCAGCCAGAGACCAGGCACACAUCCUCACCAGGUUGACAUGUGCCAUGUGUAAGGAGGUGGAGUGCUUGGCCAAGAAGUUCUGUGAUACCCUGCUUCUUGUUGGGGGCCAGAGGAAAGCAGAGGAGUUGAAUCCACUAGUAGAUAGUGUGCAGCUAGAGGGCUCCAACAGCACCAACUACAUUGAGAAUGCAUUGCAGCUGCUGCUUCCCGUCCUGCAGAUCUCUCACAUCCAGAGCCAGCACUGUCAGUCCACCACAGAACCAGCAGCACAGACGCAGCAUUAACACACACACACACACACACACACACACACACACACACACAAGCUACCUGCUCACAUGCUUGUCUUAAUGUAUCUAUUGUUGUACAGUAAAAUAUAGAUUAUUCCAGAUUAAGUGCUUAAAUCUACAUCAAGUGCCAUGUGCAGGGGACAGAAGAUGUUUUAAAUAUACUUAAUAUAACCUUGAAGGUAACAGUUUAGCAAAUAGAUAAUGUAGGAAUGACCCACAUGCAGCAUGUAUGCAUGUCUCUUCCACAUUACAUCUCUGAAUGUCAUUUUGUCUCAGUUGACAUUUUGCUUUGAGGAACCAAAUGGUACUCAGAGCUGAUUCGAGAUCAGGUGUGACUCAUACCUCUCCAAAAGCUGAACCAAAAAUUACUGAUUGUGUUGAAGGGACUUGACUUUAAUGUAUAUUAAGCUUUCUUUGCACUCCUUAUGGGCCAAUGUUAUUUCAAAUGAAAGAGCAAUUUACUAACACUAAUGGAAUGUUUUAAUCUGGUUUGAGACAAAAUGCCAGUGUUAAUGAUUAUACACAGUUUGUUCUUGUUUUUGUUUAUGUUAAAUUAUGUGAAGUAACACUACUUUAUAAUUUACUCUUAUUCAGUUUGAUUUGACAGAAACAUCUGAACUUCAUACUACUAAAUUACAAAAUAUUUAGUCCUCCUUCCUCCUCCUUGUGUGUAUCGAAGAUAUAAUGAAGGUGAAUUCAUCUCUCAUUAUGUUUUGUUGUGCUGCUACACUCAAAUAGUAUACUGUAGUCUGACACUUUCAGAAAUUUGCUCAAAGGGAUAGUGCAGAUUUUUUUGAAGUGGGGUUGUAUAGGGGAACAUAUUUAUAGUCAGCGUAUCACAUACAGUAGAUGUCAGUCAGUACAUCCCCAGUUUUGAGAAGCAGAAAGGAGUGCCGGCACAGAAGCUAAGCAAUGUACUGCUAUAGAUGGGGGCAGCAGCAGAAUGUAUUUUAGCUACCUAAAAAGUCCCGGUUCAAAAGUUCAGUUUGUUUUCCAGGUGGAAUCACUGGCUGAUAUUAAGCUAAAGCAAUGAAACUGCUCUAAAUAUAGCAAACACUGAAACUGAUACAGAUUUUUUUCAAGUGGGGCUUUUUUUAGGUGCCUAAAGUACAUUUUGUUGCUGACCCCUCCACAGCAGUACAUUGCUUAGCUUCCAUGUUGGACUCCUGCUUGCUUUUCCAAACUGGAGGCGUGCCAACUAACAUCUACUGUAUUUAAUAGAGUGUCUUUGGAUAAGUACCACAUAAAACCCCACAUCAGAAGAUCUGAACUAUCCCUUUAAUUGCUUUCUUGCAGAGUUGGAUGAGAAGAUCAAUUACAAUCAUAUCUGAGGGUGGUAUUGUUCUUCUCAACCAACUCUUGGCAAGAAAAAAAUGAGAGUAUUUCCCAAAAUGUUGAGCUGUUUAUUUAAUAAUAAAAUGACAUGUCAUGCCCUCUGUUGGAUCCUUAUCUGAACACCCCAAUGAAGACAUUAGCCACAACAUUUUUAUUUCAUUUUGCCCUCCUGAAUAAAGGCUUUAAAUACCGUUUUUGCCAGGUUCUAGAUUUAUACUCUGUGCUCCCCAGAGUUACACAUAUCAACUGUUUUCCACCUUAUUUUUUUCCCUUUCCUGCAACCACCUGUAGAGUUUUCAGCAGCAAUCCCAAGGUGCUCACAGUGUAUCUGUGUUUUUAAUAUCCAGUGUUAAAUUGGCUCUCAGCCUCCAGCCAGCAGAUCUCUGGAAAAGAUAAAGUACUCUCUUCCCCUCCCACUUCUUCCCUUUUAGAGAUACAUUGAUGCAGGCAAGAAAGAUAUUAAGCCAAGAAAAUAUUAGUCUAUCUGUCGUAAUGUUUUGGCUCCUCUCAGCCAUAUCCAGAUGGGGCACGGCCGUUCAUCAGCCAUGCAUCUGCCUUAGAAUACAAAAUGAUUUGUAAUGCGAAAUGAGAAAUGUUUGGGAGGCAAGUCAUUUAUUUAGGUUUUGACAGUUUACUAAUGUAUCAGGAUUCCCUUCUAAUUAAGUGCCCUAAGACUGUUUGAGGAUGAGAUGUCGAAAAUAAACAAGUUUUAACCAA